CCCGCCACUGCCCAACUCACUCUUGAAUCAUUGCCGUCCAAUGCUGCCGAAGGGAAAGAUGUGCUUCUCCUUGUCCACAACCUGCCUGUGAAUAUUACAGGCUAUGCCUGGUUCAAAGGGGCAAGUGUGGACAGAAACCGUCUAAUUGCAUCAUAUGUAAUAGACAGUCAAGAAAGUUUCCCGGGGCCUGCACACAGCGGUCGAGAGACAAUAUACCCCAAUGGAUCCCUGCUGAUCCAGAAGGUCACCUUGGAGGACACAGGAUACUACACCCUACUAGCCAUAAAGAAAAAUUUGCUGAAUGAAGAAGUAACUGCACAGCUCCAUAGUUUACUAUCAAUACCCACACCCAAUGUCAGAAGCAACAACUCCGACCCCGUGGAGAACAAGGACCCUGUAGUGUUAACGUGUGAACCUGAGACUCAGAACGCCACCUACCUGUGGUUAGUCAACCGUCAGAGCAUAGCAGACAGUGCCCAGCUGGAGCUGUCCAAGGACAACAGGACUCUCACUUUACUCCGUGUCACAAGGAAUGACACAGGACCCUAUGAGUGUGUCACCUGGAACCCCGGGAGUGCCGGCCGCAGUGACCCAUUCUACCUGAACGUCCUCUAUGGCCCGGAGACCCCCACCAUUUCCCCCUCAAACCCCCAUUACAGUUCCGGGGCAAACCUCAGCCUCUCCUGCCACACAGCCUCUAACCCGCCUGCACAGUAUUCUUGGCUCAUCAAUGGGAGGCCCCAGGAGCCCAUGCAGGAGCUCUUUAUCCCCCACAUCACUGUGAAUGACAGUGGAUCCUAUACCUGCCUCGUCCAUAACUCUGUCACUGGCCUCAACAGGACCACAGUCCAGAUUAUCACAGUCUCUAAACCCUCCAAGAUCUCUCAGCCCGCGGUCCCUGCCCCUCGCCGCACCCAGACUCCAAAGGCGCCGCAGUUCGUUUCACUCACUCAGAAAUCGUGGCCUCUCGCCAACGCGAAAGCGUGGCUGACGGUCAUCUUCAAGCUCAGAAGUCGACCGACGUGA